GGAGGAAGUCGAAAGAUAGGUCAGCACUCGCUAGUACCUCCAGUAAUAAUCGGCUCAACAAAGCUCAAACAUGAAAGACAAAGAAAUCUACCAACUAUCGCACUCGGAUGUUAUUAUCAGGUGAUCGAAGUCCAGCAGGCGAAGAGAAGAAUGUCGAUCAUAUUUCUCAAGCAACCGCUUCUACAAACAACCCAAACAGAAUUAUCUACGCCUCUCAAAUGUAAAUCUGCUGAAGCUGACGAUGAUGAAGGUCGACAAAAAGUCUUGCCCGUCUAUACCAAAAAGCAAAUAAAGCAGAAAAACGCGUUACCUUGGCAUAUCAAGUCGAAAUUCAGUGUUGAUAUUACUAUGCAGAAAAUUAGAAAAAUCAGUUGA